CGGGAAUCAAGCCAAGCCAAGUCUGUUUCACUGUCCUAUAGGCAGAGCUCAGUUUUGGUUUUCAGUCUUAAAUUAGUUUUGAACGUCAACGAAACGUUCGACGCACAGCGUUCAGCGUUGGCAGCUUGACGGAUCGUCUAAAUAAGUGCACUUCAUUUUCGAAGUAUUUACAAUAACAUCAUAUAAAAAGAAACUUAAACAACCCACCAAAAUGUCGAAACCAGUACCAAUGUCAACAUCUAAUACUGAAAAUGACCUACAAAAUCUUCGCAAACCGGAACCAUUUAGUUUCAGUGAUUUUCUAUAUAAUCCCGAGAAGGGUACAGUUAUGGGAAGAGAUCGUAAAUCAUGGGCUAAAAUCGGCACGUUUUAUUUUGCUUUCUAUGGAGUUCUUGGUGCACUUGUUGCCAUUUGCAUGUGGGCAUUCUUCCAGACAUUAGACCCACGAAUACCGAAAUGGACAUUGGAUAGUUCAAUCAUUGGUACAAAUCCAGGUCUUGGAUUUCGUCCUCUGCCACCAGUUGAUAAUGUGGAGAGCACAUUGAUAUGGUAUAAGGGCACACAACACGAGAACUAUAAGCAUUGGACAGACUCAUUAGAUGAUUUUCUUGCAGUGUACAAAGUGCCCGGCUUGACUCCUGGACGUGGACAAAAUAUUUACAACUGCGACUACAAUCAACCACCACCAAAAGGGCAGGUGUGCGAUGUAGAUAUCAAGUCAUGGUCUCCGUGUACUAAGGAGAAUAACUACAGUUAUCACAAGAGCUCCCCAUGCAUUUUUCUCAAGCUAAACAAGAUAUACGACUGGAGGCCCGAUUUUUACAAUAGUUCGCAGGAUUUGCCAGCUGCCAUGCCCGAAAAUUUGAAGACGUACAUUGCCGAUAUCGAAAAGAAGGAGGCACACAAACUUAAUACAAUUUGGGUCUCUUGCGAGGGAGAGAAUCCGGCUGAUCAAGAGAACAUUGGCCCAGUCAACUAUUUGCCCAUUCGCGGCUUUCCAGGUUAUUUCUACCCAUACCAGAACUCAGAAGGAUAUUUGAGUCCCCUUGUUGCCGUGCACUUUCAGCGCCCGAAACGGGGCAUUAUCAUCAACAUCGAAUGCAAAGCCUGGGCACGCAACAUUGUUCACGAUCGCAAGGAAAGAAUCGGAUCGGUACACUACGAGCUUUUGAUCGAUUAAUGAGAGACUAAAGAAAGGCAAGAAAAUGUUAGUAACUAAUAGAUGUUUACUCUAUUGUCUCUAAUAGUCAGAAUAUAAUAACAAUCACAACACCAUAUUUAUAUUUUUCCUAAGAACUACAAAUAACAUCAAAAACACACCAUUGCUAUUAUUAUACAUAUGCAUAUAUACCACCAAGAUAAAAAUCGAGUUUGAUAAAUGAAAAAAGAACAAUUUUUUGAUAAUGCAAUCUUUGAAUACAACUCCUUUUUAAAUUAUACAAAACGCUAAAUUAAAUGUAAGCUAAUUACGAAUCUCAUUAAGAAUGGUUCCAUGCUAUAACUAUUUUAUGUGUUAUUGCUUAUUUAAAUUAACAUUUAAACAAA